AUGUCAAUCUGGAAGAAGUACAUGAAGGCAGAUCAGAAAGAAAUGAAGUCACUUGAACUCAUAUUCAUUGAUGCUCAGGGUGGAAAAAUUCAGGCUACCAUCCCUAAAAGCUUUAUGGACACUUUUAUCAAGUACUUCAAAGAAGGCUGUGUUCUGCAAAUAGCAUGUUUUGAUCAUGCUUUGAACAUUGUUGGUGGUUACCGUUGUUCAAAACACGAAUACAAAAUCGUGUUUGAACCUAACACCAUUGUAGAUAUUGUGGAUGCUGUUGUUGAUUUGGAUAUUCCUAACCAUGUGUUUAAAUUCACUCCUUUCGCUGAGAUUUCAAAUUUCAUUGCGAAUUUUGAUUUCUGUUUUGAUGUUAUUGGACAUGUUAUUGGUGUUAGUGAGCCGAUCAUUGAUGGGGAGAAGAAGAGGAUAUUUGUGGACCUGGAGGAUGAAAGGUUGAAGAUCACCCUGUGGAAUGGAAAUGUUGAUGUCAUAUCAGCAAUGAUGGCUGAUCAUCCAGUAAUGCCGGUAGUGCUUAUUGUGCAAUAUGUGAAGUGCAAGAAGUGGAAUUGCUCAAAAGCAAUUGUUGUUGAUGGAUCAGGCAGUGGUAUAGUAACCUUUUGGGACAGACAAGUUUACAAUUUAAUUAACAAGACUGCAUCUGAACUCCUUGAAGAGGAACCAGGAGUCUAUUACCCAAAUAAGUUAGAUGAGCUUAAAGGAAAAAAGUGUUUGUUCAAGCUUGAUGUUUCACAUUUUAAUAUAAGGAACAGGGACAGUGAAAUGUCAAUUACUAGGGUUACUACUGAUGCUGCGAUUAUAAAGCAGUACCUACAUGUAUCUGAAGAUCUGGAAACAGAUGCAGAAACCAGUAUUGAAUUUGGGCUCAAUAUGACCCAAACAGAUGACAGUACUGCAAAGGAGAUCCGUCAAAAUGAAACAUAUACUGCUGUAUCAUGUACUGGGGAUGUUAAUAUCCAGAAUGCUGAUGAUGGAACUCCUCUGGAAGAUACUGAUGAUAGCCCCCCACCAAAGAAGACUAAAUCUACUCAGGACCCUGAGAGUGUCAAAUCCCACCAGAACAAGUGUGUCAGGAAAAUCUGA